UGUACUUCGAAAUAACCACUCAAACUUUCUAAAUACUAUACAGAUCUUUCCUAACAUUUUUUGUCUUACGGUGUUUAAAUGAACCAAUGUCCCAUUUAAUGAUAUCUGUUUGGGAGAUAUGACAAGUUUAAUUUCAUGCAAUCUGAUUGGUCGACAGCGAGUUUUAAUACCAAUUCGAACUAAAAAGCAGCAUACUUUUCCAAUGACUCAACUGCUGACAGUCUAAAGAGUGAUUAUUCAGUAUUUUGUUUUUCAUGCCGAUGUGUCGGAAAUUACUCCUAGUAUUUAGACAUGUCAAUCAGCCAAGCUGACGCUGAUGAAGAAUGUCUAGUUUUUCCUGCAAUAACUAAAAAUUAUUCAGAAGUAAAAAAUACGGAUGGAUUAUCAGUGGAAUUAAACAAUACACCACCCAACCCAAACUCUUUUUCUCGACCUCUACGUUCCACUUUAAAAACAAAAUCGAAGUUCGAAUCCGAAAAAAUCAGACAAACUGGUUAUAAUAGCUCAGAACGAAAUAAUAAACUAUACGCAGUAACUACUAGAGGACAAAAAAAUCCUGACAGCUCAAUCCAUAUGAUUUAUAAAUUCGACUCUAUGGAGAAAAACGGUGCUAUGAAAAGUCAAUUCCCAACCCUUAAAAAUGACAUGGAAGUAUGUGAUUCGGAUCAAACCACUCCAUGUGGAUCUAAAGAGCAUUUAAAGAGGCCUUCCAUACAACAGUUAAGAAAGUACUCGGUCGUGGAUCCGAAUACUCUUAAGUUUAUAGAAGAUCCAUCAAGAAAAUCAGGAGAUUAUGGAAUAUGCAGUGCCAUUUUAAUUACAAUUUCAUACUUAUUCAUACUUAUUACAUUUCCUUUCUCGUUAUUUUUCUGUAUUAAAGUUGUAGCUGAAUAUGAAAGAGCAGUUAUAUUUCGAUUAGGACGAAUUCUGCCUAAAGGUGCUCGUGGACCAGGACUUUUCUUUAUUGCACCAUGUAUUGAUUCAAUUCGUAAAGUUGAUUUACGAACUGUAACCUUUGAUGUCCCGCCUCAAGAAGUUCUUACGAAAGACUCAGUAACAGUAGCUGUAGACGCAGUAGUUUAUUAUCGUAUAUAUAAUCCUGUCGUAGCCAUAACAAAUGUUGAAGAUGCUGAUCGAUCAACACGCCUACUAGCAGCGACUACAUUAAGAAAUGUUCUAGGUACAAAGAAUUUAGCUGAGAUUUUAUCUGAACGUGAAUCGAUUUCAACAUCUAUGCAGACAAUGCUUGAUGAUGCAACUGAUCCAUGGGGUGUGAAAGUAGAACGUGUUGAAGUAAAAGAUGUACGUUUACCUGUACAACUUCAAAGAGCUAUGGCCGCUGAAGCUGAGGCUACAAGAGAAGCACGUGCUAAGGUGAUUGCUGCAGAAGGUGAAGAAAAAUCAUCUGUUGCAUUAAAACAAGCUGCUGAUGUAAUUAAAACAUCACCAUUUGCAUUACAAUUACGUUAUUUACAAACAUUAAGUGCCAUUUCAGCUGAAAAAAAUUCUACAAUUAUAUUUCCACUUCCAAUUGAUAUGUUAGUUAAUUUAUUUCAUCGAUAAAAUUACAUCAUCAAAUCAAAUCAAUAAAUCGAUAAAUCAAUAAAAUAAACAUUUAUAUACAUGAUCAUAUAAAUAAUUUUCUUGUAUUCAAAUUUAAAUUUAAAUUUUUAGAAAAAAAAAGAAAAAAAAGGUGAACAGUUUAUUCUGUGAAAUUCUGUAAACAAUCAAUUGAAUAAAUAAUUAUUUCGAUUUUUUUUGUCGAAAAAAACAUAUAUAAUUACGCGCAAUAUAUGAAUAUAUGAAUACAAUAUACUAUAAUACAAUGUAUUUAAUCUUGAAUAAUAGAUCUCCUUAUUUGUUUAUUUAUUUAAAUGAAAAAUACACCAUUCAUUAUUGUUUAUUGUUUUAUACAUUCUCUAUUAUAUAAUAUUGAUAAUCAAUUUUGUGUAACUGUUCAUAAAAAGUUUUCUUUUUGAAAAAAAAUAUUACGAUAUAAUAAUAUACCUUUUGGGUGUUUGCAAAUUGUUCCGUUAUUUUCUUCUUUCAUUUUAUCUUUGAUUUUCUUCUUUUCUCAUAUAUAUAUAUAUAUAUAUAUAUAUAUAUAUGUAUGUGCGUGUGUAUCUCUGUGUAUAUGUGUGUGCAUGUGUGUGUACUGUACUCCUCACAGAAUUAUUGAUUUCUUUUUCUCUUCACAACGGAUGAAUUAAAAGGGGAGGGGUGAAAAUCAAUUAAAACCAAGUAUAGGUAAUUCUUUUUCUCCUAUUUUCCUUCUUCUUCUUCAUAAGUUAGGUAAUUGCGCAAACAUUAAACAUGAUAAAAAUCACUUAUCUUGUUGUUUCAUUCUUAUAAAUAGAAACCAAACUACUCAUUUGUUUAUUUAUUUAUUUAUUUUUUUGAAUAAUGGAAUGAAAUUACAUUAUUCAAUGUCAAUUUUUGUUGACUUCUAAAAUUGAUAAUGAUUUCAUUAAGUUUGUUUUAGUGUAGUGAAUUGAUCAAUUGGCGCUUGUUCAAGUACUUGAUGAUAAUGAUGAUAAUGAUAGUAGUAAUAAUACUUUUAUUACUAUUAUUGUUAAUCAGUAUUAUUAUUACUAUGGUUAUUAACUUUGUGAAAAUAAAAUACUUUAUCAUUUAUUCUCUUUUUAAAUAGUACAACAUAUAAACAAGAAUAGUUAGAUAUACAAUAAAAACAAAUAGUUAAACUUAUUGAUGUUUAUCUACAUUGAGUUUCUAUUGAAUUUGUUUAAAGUCCUGACUUCCUUUUUCACCUUCCAUUUUGAAUUCGUUUUCGGUUUCUUUCUCUUUUUUUUUCUUUCUUGAAAUUUAUUUUUAAUGAAUAUGUUCAAUAGGGACAUUAACAUGAAAAUAAUCGAUAAAUUAUGUUUAUUCAUUUCAUCUUAAAUAAUCUAUUUCUAUAAGCAUUUUGAAUAGACAUUUAUGUUUCUGUGUACAACUGUACAACUGGCGUUCUUUCUCCCUUUCUUAAUGUAUUUGAACGUAUUAUUAUUACAUUUAAGUAUACAUGUUAUAAUUCGUUUGUUUUGUUUUAUUUUUCUUCUUUAUAUGGAAUGUAAACAAACUAUAAUGUUUCGAGUGAUAAAUGAAAGAACGAAAUAAAUAAACAAAUAAAGAGUUUCUUU